AUGAUUCAGUCAGAAGGUGUGACAGGUCUUUCACCUGGAGCAGCUGUCAAGGAUGGAGUCGUCACUCGAAGUGUCUGCGGUAACUCUGGUGGUAACUGCUACUAUUAUGAGUCUUACCCCAUUCAAGUCAAAGCCUGUCCAGGCAAUUAUUAUGUCUAUGAGUUGGUUAAACCAACUGUGUGCAUUUCAGCAUACUGUGCAGAUGUUGGCAGCAUUAUCACCAGUUCUAAAGGCAUCACACCAGUAACCAUCUCAGCUGUACAUCUUUCUUUUGACCCCUGCUACAACUACACUGUGCUGGACAAUCCAUGGAGAGCCACCAAUAAUACAAAUGAUUUAGUCAGAAGGUGUGACAGAGAUCUCACCUGGAGCGGCUGGUAUCGUCUCUUUAUUAACAACAUGAGCGCUCAGAUCCCAGACAUGUGUGUUGUAUACUAUAGCUGUGGCACUGAUAUCGCACUGCGGAUUCGUGGUGGGCACCCAACAGUUGAGGAUGGAGUCAUCACUCGAGAUGUCUGUGGUCACUGGGAUGAUUACAACUGUUAUAUUAGGUCUUACCCCAUUAAAAUCAAAGCCUGUCCAGGCAAAUAUUAUGUCUAUGAGUUGGUUAGUCCAUCUCACUGUCGUUCAGCAUACUGUGCAGCUGUUACUAAUAUCAGUAGCAGCACUACAGCAGUCACACCACAGAUGAGCUCAGCUGCUGUUACUAACCUCAUCAGCACCACUACAACAGUCACACCAGAGACGAGCUCAGCUGUUCAGAAUCAGACCUCUAGAGGUUGUUUUCAAAAUCUUUUUGAGCAGAUUGAGAACAUUACAGCUCAUGUGCUUCCUUUGAAUACUGUGACAAACAUUCUGACUGUGGCCUUCAACACUACAGAGAAGAUUUUAGAGUCAUCGUCAUCAGCAAACCCAACUCAACUAGCCUCCUAUGGAAACAGCAUGUUAAAAGUCAGCGAGAAACUCAUUUCUACAUUGGUGAAGCCGACAGACACAAGUGACAGAAUCAAUUUUACUCUUCCUGCUGUAGAGGGUCAAGUCUUCAUGGUUGGACCACAGGUCACCUUAGAUAAAAUCCCUCGACUUGACACAACAAAUUCUUCCGUGGACAUUGAUCUCAUUGGGAUCGCCAAGAACAACAAUGAAACAAGAUCAGCUGCUGUGGCGUUCAUGAGCUACAACAUGAUGGAGAAUCUACUGAAGCCAGACCUCUUCAACACAUCAAAUGAUAUGGUUAAAACCAUGAUGUCCACUGUGAUCUCAGUUACUCUUCCCAAAACCACCAACACUAAGCUCACCAAACCAGUCAACUUCACCUUCAGACACAUCAAAGAGUUUGAUCCCAGUGGUUCUCUGUUCUGUGUGUACUGGAAUAUCAGCGAGUGGAUUCUAGAUGGUUGUUCUGUUUUAGAGACCAACAGCAGCUACACUGUGUGUUCCUGUGAUCAUCUGUCAACAUUCGCUCUCAUCAUGCAAACCAGCCGCCCACCAGAGAGCGACUCACAGCUGGAUCUGUUGAAUUUGGUGUGUGUGAUCGUGGGGCUGGUGUUCUUCAGUUUGGCUCUGUUGAGCUUUGUCCUUUGUCAGUGGAGUCCUGGAGUGAAUAAUGUGGCUCGAAUCAACAUCUGCAUCAGUCUUCUGUUGGCUCACCUUCUGUUCCUGCUCACUCAGCAGUUCCUGAGUGUCAUACGGCCUCAUCAGGUGUUGUGUGCCGUGAUCUCAGGCCUUCUGCACUUCCUCUUUCUCUCCGGCUUUGUGUGGAUGUUCAUUGAAGCUGUGCUGCUCUUCAUCUGUGUGAAGAACCUAUCACAGAUCAGCUCCAAAAAGAGGGAGGUGCUUAGCACUGGAUUCCUGUGUGUGAUUGGAUAUCUGGUUGCUCUGGUUGUGGUGUGCGUGUCUGUCGGUCUGGUCCCUGAAGGCUAUGGCAGCGAACAGUGCUGGAUUAAAAUGGAUAAAGGCUUCAUCUGGAGUUUUCUGGGUCCUGUUUCCAUCAUACUAGCUUCAAACAUGAUUCUCUUCAUCAAGAUUGUCAUCAGUCUGAACUUAACUCUCAAAAAUCUCAAUGCUGAAGUUUCACAGAUGAAACAAACCAAGGUUAUGGCAUUUAAAACACUGGCUCAGUUUGUGGUUCUUGGUUGUCCCUGGAUUCUGGGUUUCUUCACUAAUAGCAAUAAGAUGCUGGAGAUCCUCUUCCUGAUCUUGAACUCCCAGCAGGGAACCUUCAUCUUCCUGAUCUAUUGUGUUCUCAAUAAUGAGGUCAGGCAGCAGUACAGGAAGUUCUUCAGAUGUCUUUGCUGUGUCAAACAACACUGAGGACCACAACAUGAUGUUCAGAAAGUAAUAAAUGCUGCUCAAGUGCCAUUAAUAUACAUGUUAUUUUAAAACAGAGAAUUU